CUUCCUUUUACCGCUGCUAAAGUAUCUGAGCACAAGGAGGAUUCUGCAUUAAUGCUGCGCUUCGUUUCAACGUCCCUGUGCCUUCGAUGCCAACACGCCACAGCUCUGCCUUUAAACCUCAGGAGAUGUGUGACUGUCAGCUCAGGAGAGAACCAGCAGACUGUGGAGGCUCUUUCUGAGCUCUACGUGGACAUCCAGAAGGUUAGGAAACUUAAAGGAUGGGUGCUAUAUCAGAGUCCAACCUACACUAAGGAGGUAGCGAGUCUGCUGAAGGACAUGGGGGCUUCGGGUCCCAUCAUUGCUCAUAUCUUAGCUAUUCAUCCUGAGGCUGUUCUUUGUAGUCCGGAGCAGAUGCAGACUCAGAGGGAGCUGUGGAUGUCUGUGUGCCCCAACCAGAACGAGCUGGUUAGUAUCAUCGAGAAAUUCCCAGCCUCCUUUUUCACCUCCUCCAGUCACCAUGACAACCAACGCAACAACAUUGUUUACCUCCAGAGUCUGAACCUCAACAAGCGAGUCAUCAGCAAACUCAUGGCCAGCGCUCCACAGAGCUUCAGCCGGCCUGUAGAGCAGAACCGGGUCAUGGUCUGUUCCCUCCAACGGGCCUACAAGGAGCUGGGGGGCGAUGAAGACAACAUGAAAAUCUGGCUUCAGAAGCUGCUGACUCAAAACCCGUUUGUUUUUUUUAAGCCUACAGAGGUGCUGAGGCAGAACCUGGCGUUCCUGAGAGAGAGGGGUUUCAGCACCGCAGAGCUCCUUCACCUCCUCUCCAAACUUAAAGGCUUUGUCACUGAGCUGAACCCAGACAGCAUGCAUCGCACGCUGACGUUCUCCCAGGAAACUAUCGGCUGCUCUGAAGAAGAGCUGCGGGAGAUUAUCCUCAAGUGUCCAGCGCUGCUUUACUACCCACACGGUACUCUUUCUGAUCGCUUUAAGGGCCUCCUCAGCACUGGGAUCAGCAUGCCUCAGAUCAUGGAGACUCCAACCGUCCUGGAGCUGACCCCGCAGAUAGUGAGCUAUCGCAUCCAGCGACUGAAGGCGCAUGGUUAUGACAUAAAGACGGGGAGUCUGGAUGCCAUUAACGGCACCAAAAAGGACUUUGAGAUGAGUUUGGGGAAACUGCAACUGCGAAGAGAGAGACCACUUUUUAACCCUGUCGCCCCUUUGAAAGGAGAUGACUGA